UCAACCUUUCCUUCUGCUCCUCCAACUCCAAGGCACAGCUAGCUACAUAAACAAACCCUGCGAUACAACCUCUGUCAAUUAUGGCUUCCUUACAAGCUUCAGCUCUCGGCCUAUUACCUACUUCCACUUCUUCUUCUUCAUGCUGUUCUUCCAGGAAAAUUAAUGCUGCUAUUCAUGUCCCAAAGCUUCCAAAAGCCCCUUUCUCCGUUCCCAAAAUCCCAACGACAAGAAAGUUGAUUGACGAAUUGAACAAUAUAAGGGUCGACGGGUUAACAAGCACGAUCCCAGUUUUACAAAACAUCAAUUUUACUACCACACCAUUCGUCGAUGAUAUUAAAGCACAAAACUCAAUUGCUUUUGCCACCACCCAGCUCUAUUCCCUCUUAGAGGCCGUGGCUGACAGAGUCGAGAUGCAUGCCAACAUUGGAAAGCAGCGUGAUAACUGGAAUACCCUUUUUCUAAACUCCAUCAACAUGAUUACUCUCACUGCCGCAACCAUGGCUGGUGUUUCUGCGAUCGGUGGCGCCGGAAUGCCCCUUCUGGCUCUCAAGUUGUCAUCCACUCUCUUGUAUUCUGCAGCCACAGGGAUGCUGCUUGUGAUGAACAAAAUUCAGCCUUCACAACUUGCAGAAGAACAACGCAAUGCUACCAGAUUAUUCAAGCAACUCCAGAGCCAAAUAGAAACUAUGCUCGCUCUUGGAGCAACAACGAAAGAAGAUGUGAAGGACGUGAUGGAAAGGGUUUUGGCCCUUGACCGAGCCUACCCCCUUCCCUUGCUAGGAGCAAUGCUUGACAAAUUCCCUGCAAAGUUUGAGCCUGCUACUUGGUGGCCUUCACACCAAGUACUCCGAAAGAAAACUAAAUCGCAUGAAAGAAAACAACGAGGGAACAAUGGGUGGAGUGAGGAACUUGAAGUGGAAAUGCGGGACAUCGUUGAAGUGGUGAAGAGAAAGGACGGUAAGGACUACGAAAGGCUAGGCAACCUGGUGUUGAAGAUUAACAAGAUCUUAUCCAUCUCGGGUCCAUUACUCACAGGGAUUGCAGCUGUUGGCUCUGCAUGUGUUGGUAAUGGGUCCUGGGCAGCAAUCGUAGCCGUGGCUGCAGGGGCGUUAGCUACCACUGCUAAUGCCUUCCAGCACGGUGGGCAAGUUGGAAUGGUGUUCGAGAUGUACCGAAACAACGGUGGAUUUUUCCAGCUAUUGCAAGAAACAAUCGAAGCCACACUCGACGAAGGAGACUUGGAGAAAAGAGAGAACGGUGAGUUGUUAGAAAUGAAAGUGGCGUCGCAACUGGGGAGAAGCUUGUCACAGCUCAGAGAACUUGCUAGAAAGUCAGCUUCUUAUCGUCUAGACGGAACUGCCAUAGACGAAUUCGCUAGCAAGCUUUUUUAGUUCAAGCUAGACUUCAUGAAUGCACAGUUAUUCUUUGAUUCUUUGAUUGUUCAUAUAACUAAUUCGAUCUUUAAUUUGUACAAUCACCAACACAGAAACAAUGUUAAUUUAUAAUCUCAAUUCAUCUAUUUUCUUAGUUUCUUCAUA